ACAAAAAUGAUUUUCUUUAUUAGGACACAUGCACUAUUUCAUAUAUUGGUCGUAUUAAAUAUUAUUCCUGGAAGCAUCUGUAUUAAUCAUGAAAAGGAUUUGAGAGAUGAAGAUGUUGAUAAAACUUGGAAAGUUCUUAUGAAUGGUUACGACAAAGCUAUCAGACCAAAUUACACAGGAGAUGCGACCAUGAUUAACUUAGAUAUGACAGUUAUGAGAUUUGGAAAACUAGAUGAAGUCAACAUGAUGUUUACGUUAGAUUUAUUCUUACGCCAAGAAUGGAUAGACUACCGUCUACGUCACAACUUACCAGAAAUUCUAACACCAAAUCUUGGUCAUGAUAGCCCUCCAGAUUUCAUUUGGACACCAGAUACUGUUUUUUUAAAUGCUCAAAAAGCAUCAAGUCACAGUGUUACGGUAAAAAACUCGAAGUUAGACAUCUAUCCUGAUGGAAAAGUAUUUUGGGGUUUAAGAGUGAGUGUUGAAGCGAACUGUUUAUUUGAUCUUCGAAAUUAUCCAAUGGACACACAAGCAUGCGACCUUGGGAUUGUAAGCUAUGGGUACACUAUAGACCACUUACUCUACAGAUGGCGUAAUGACCCUAUACAAAUUCUUAAUCAAAAUCUCUCACAGUACACACUUACUGGAAUAGAAAAUAAAACCAUUGUCGAACAAUUUUCAAUGGGAAAGUUUGCUCUCUUGAAGGCUGAGUUUACAUUUAAACGAAGAAUCGCUUUUAGCAUUUUACAAAUAUUUUUCCCUUGCGUAGCGAUUGUUUGUGUAUCUUGGAUUUCACUUUGGUUACAUAAACAUUGUUCCCCUGCUAGAGUUGGAAUCGGUGUUACAACUUUGCUGACAAUCAGCACCAUUUGGGGAUCCGUAAACCGCCGCUUACCUAACGUCAGUUACGUAAAAGCUGUAGAUAUUUAUUUUAUGGCUUCUUUUUCGUUUAUCUUUAUGACUCUUAUAGAGUACACAAUUGUUCUUAAUGGUUUAAAAAACUUCAAGAAAAAGUUUGUCAUGAAAAAUGCAUAUAAGGAAAUCAGCAAACUGUCAAAAAGAGUUUCUAUAAGUCUUUCGAUUGAUAAAGUUAAAAUGCCUAACAUGCGGAGAUAUUCGGAACCGUGCCGAUCUUCAACUUCCAUAAUUGCAAGAUAUCAACGAAAAUCAGAAAAUUCGUUUUUAUUAGAUGAUGCUAAUCUUAGUUGUAAUCAGAUUUCGCAAAAGUUUUACGAGGAAGAAUUUUCAGAAGAAGAAGAUAUUCUGCUUUUAAGUAAAAAAGAGGUUGCUGAAAAACAUCCGGCUUUUAUGAAGUUGUAUCUCGAACUCAGGAAAGCUUCAAUAGUUGAUAAAAUUAGUCGCAUCCUGUUCCCACUGUUGUUCAUAUGUUUUAACAUUUUUUACUGGCUUAAAUAUAAUGAUAAUGCAUCGCCAAACAAAAAUUAGCUGUAAUAUUUAAAAGCUAACUGUCAAAUAAAAAUUUUAGUUUGAAAGCCUAAUUUUAUACAAUAA